AUGCCGCCUGGAGAAAUCGGUCACACCGCUAUCCGUGAGCUCAACCUUCAAAACUCUCAUAAAAGCAAAGAAAUGUCCAAGCCAUCGCUUCUACUUAUCCCCGGCUCUUUUGCGCUGCCCGAGUUCUAUGACCCCAUCAUAGAUGCAGUGGCUGCCAAAGGGUAUGAAAUCAAAGGUCUCCACAAGCCAAGCGUGGGCCUUGCAAGCGGACAAGGUCGGGAAGGAGUGGCACCACCAUCCAUGUACGACGACGCAGCAUUCAUUGCUAAGGAGGCCGAAAAGCUUGCGGAUCAAGGGAAGGACGUGAUCCUGCUGGGUCACUCGUACGGGGGCGUACCUUUGACGGAGAGCACCAAGGGAUUGAGCAAGGAAGAAAGGCAGAAACAAGGCAAGCCGGGUGGAAUUGUCAAUCUGGCAUAUAUGACUGCCCUGGUGCCCGCUGUAGGGCAGGCGGCAAUGAGUGUUCUGGCAGAUGUCCCCAAACAGCAGCGGUUGGACUUGAAGGUUGAUGAGAACGGCUGGAUGUAUCAUGAUGCUUUCGAAGAAACGGCAGCUAUCGUAUUUUCUGAUCUGCCGAAGGAGGAGGGGAUAGCCUGGGCAAAGAAAUUCCCCAAGCACUCCGCACUCAGUUUCGCCGGUGAACUGACCUAUGCUGGGUAUAAAGAUAUCCCGGUGUCGUACUUGCUCUGCGAGAACGACCGGUGCAUUCCAGCAGAGGCCCAGAGGGAAGGGAUUGACAAGAUCGAGAAAGAAAGCGGAAGGAAGGUUGAUGUGACCAGUAUCAAGGCGGAUCAUUGCCCCAUGACUAACCACCCUGAAGCAGUAGUCGACUGGAUCGUGAGUGUUGCAGCAAAGUAUUAA